AUGGAGAUACAGAUUGAAGCUGAGUUCUGUUUUCCACAACUCAACAGGUCCUGCAGGACACCAACACCUCACUGGUCUGAAGCUGUCCUCCUGAACAUCGUGUUGUCCUUCUUCUCUCUGAUCACAGCAGUUCUAAACCUCCUCAUCAUAAUCUCAGUCUCCUAUUUCAGGAAGCUCCAGAAACCUUCUAACAUCCUCAUCCUCUCUCUGGCUGUGUCAGAUUUCCUUAUUGGCAUUUUAAUCAUUCCAUUUGAAAUCUUUAGAAAGACAAAAUGCUGGAUACUCGGUAAUAUCACAUGUUCAUUUUACUACUAUGUUUCCUCUGUUUGUCUCUGUGCUUCAGUUGGAACCAUUGUUCUCAUAUCAGCUGAUCGCUAUGUGGCUAUUUGUUACCCUCUGCAUUAUCCCACCAGAAUAACCUUACCAAGAAUGAAAUUCUGUGUUUGUCUCUGUUGGAGCUGUGUUGCUUUCUAUGUAAGUUUCUUCUUCAAAGAUAUGCUGAUUCAGCCAGGCAGGAGUAAUUCCUGCAUUGGAGAAUGUACAGUAUCUGUUGACUCUUUUGCAGGAACUUUUGAUCUGUUUAUAUCAUUUUUAUUUCCAGUUACAGUCAUCAUAGUUCUGUAUAUGAGAGUAUUUGUGGUGGCUGUGACUCAGGCUCGUGCCAUGUACUCUCACAAUAGAAGUGUCACCCUUCAGCUUUCAGUGCAACAACAAACAAAGAAAUCAGAGCUAAAAGCAGCCAGAACACUGGGUGUUCUUGUUGUUGUGUAUCUGAUGUGUUUCUGUCCAUAUUACUGCUGCUUUUAUUUUAUAGAUAGUUUAACAACUACAACAUAUGUAUCAUUCUUGUUCUUUCUUGGUUAUCUUAACUCCUGUCUAAACCCUCUGAUCUAUGCCAUGUUUUAUCCCUGGUUCAGAAAAGCUGUUAAACAUAUUGUAACUUUACAGAUCCUGAAGCCCGGCUCCUGUGAUGCCAACAUGUUAUAGUCCCUGUGGACUGAGGGACGUACAACCUCCUGAACAAUUUACAAUUUCAAAAUCUAAAGUCCACUUGUGACAGUAUGAGUGUCCUGUCAAUGUAUCCUGAUUGAUCAUGCACCCUAGCUA